AUGAUCCUGUUCUGGUUAGUUGUCAGUCAAAACGGAACACAGAAGCUAUGUCGUUGGUACGCCCCGUUCACAGAGGAGGAGCAGACGUGGGUGCUUCUACAGGUGAAGCAGCAGCUGCUGCUUCCCCGCCCAGAAGCAGCAGACAGCAGCAACGGUGCUGCUCGGGAGAGUUCGAGGGAGAAUGAAACAUCACGCGUUUUAAUGUUCCCUCCUCUCCACAGCAGCAGGGAAAGCGACAGCAGCAGCAGCCGGGCAGUGUUCAGACAGCAUGGCCCUUUGUAUUGCGCUGCCGGCAUAAACGCUGAAGAGACGCCACUUGUCAUUGGGGAACUGAUAGACUUGUGGGUGGGAGUGCUUCAGCAGUUGCUGGGGGUCCCUGCUGCUGCGGGGAGUGCCGUGCUCGAGACGCAGCUGUCGCUGCACAUAGAGCCUGCGCUGUUGCUGCUAGACACCAUGCUGCAGCAGGGGUAUCUCGUGUGUACUGACACCGAAACGCUGCUAGCUAGGGUGCGGGAGCUGAUGAAGCAGGACUGA